AUGACAACCUCUAAAGUUCAAUUCGAUCACAAAACUGAGAAACUGGUCUCGAAAGAGCCUACCGCCUAUAAAGGAGAUCAAGAACGCUACGAGAGGGAUUGGGUCCCAUUGAUCGACUCCUACAUUAAGGCACGUGAUGAUGCUAUUCCAAAAGAAUACCUCGUGCCGGAGGAGUUCUUACCAGAAGGUGAUCUCGACACCGCUGACUUCAAUGCCACAGAGGUUCCUGCAAAGAUCCUUGAUCCAAAGUCUUUGGCGAUUACUGAGCUCACUGCUGUUGAGCUCGCAAAGAAGAUCAAGGAAAAGGAGCUCAGUGCUGUUCAAGUUCUUACAGCAUUCAUCAAGAGAGCAACAAUUGCACAUCAGUUAACCAAUUGCGCCAUGGAUAUCUUCUUUGAAGAUGGUCUGAAAAGAGCUCAGGAACUCGAUUCGUACUACGAGACAACAGGUCAAUUGGUUGGUCCAUUGCACGGCAUUCCAUUAUCAUUAAAGGAGCACUACAAUUAUAAGGGCCGUGUCACACACGCGGGAUAUGUCUCUUUACUUGGAAACGUGUCUCCAGAGUUCUCUCUAACUAACCAAAUCCUUUACGAUCUCGGUGCAGUGUUUUAUAUUAGAACUUCAGAGCCGCAAUGCUUGAUGCACCUGGACUCGAUCAACAAUAUCACUGGCCGCGCAAGAAAUGCCUACAAGAUAUCAAUGUCUCCUGGAGGAUCAUCCUCUGGUGAAGGAGCAUUGAUUGGGAUGAAGGGUUCACCAUUGGGUGUUGGCUCAGAUAUUGGUGGUUCAAUCCGCUCUCCAUCUGCCUUCAAUGGUAUUUGGGGCUUGAAGCCUUCUAACAAAAUCAUUUCCCUUGAUGGUGUGAUUGCAGCACCAGAGGACACCUACAAUGAAAUUAUCGGUGGCUCUCUAGGUCCAAUGGCCAACUCUCCUGAAGACCUGGAGUUAUUCAUGUCUGCUUAUGCUUCCAAGAAGCCUUGGACAAAGGAUGUUGCAUGUCUUCCACUUGAAUGGAGAGAGCUAGAGACCCCAAAGCCUUCGGAGUUGACCAUUGGUAUUUGCUACGAUGAUGGUGUCGUGAAGCCACAUCCACCCGUGCUUCGUGCCUUGAAAGAGGUUGAACAGAAGUUAAGAGCUGCAGGUGUCAACAUUGUCACUUGGGAACCACAUAGAGUCUAUGAAGCUGUCGAAAUUGCCUACACUGCAUACACUGCUGAUGGUAACUACGCUGCAGUUAACAGAUUGGCAGUCUCUGGAGAGCCACUUGCUCCUUUAACAGACUACUUCUUGCGUAUGGGUAAGGGUGAUAGAGGUCUCACCGCUGUUGAACAACAGUUCUACACCAAUUCUAGAGAAGUUCUUCGUCAAGAGUACCUGGAAUUAUUCAACAAAAGAGGUGUUGAUUUCGUGCUUGCCCCAACUUACGUUGGUGUAGCACCAAAGCCAUCUACUGUUAAAUACUGGGGUUACACUGCCUUGUGGAACUUGUUGGAUUACACAUGUGUUACCUUUCCUUCCGGUGUCUUUGCCUCAAAAGAGUUGGAUACCCCUGAAGAGAUACAGCCAAGAAAUGAAUAUGAAGCUUAUGAGUAUGGGUUGUACGAUGCUGAUAAAGCAGAUGGGUUGCCAGUCGGUUUGACAUUGGCUGGUAGACGUUACACUGAAGAGGAUGCAUUGAAAGCGGGUAUCGUCGUUCGUGACGCCUUGAAGGCGUAG